AUGGCAGUGAGGACUGGCCGUAGUGUGUCCCUGGUUGUGGUACUACUUCUCAUCUUGGUCGCCCCAUCUCAGAGUGGAUGCCCAGGUGCUUGCCGCUGUUCCUUUGCCAUGCUGCAAUGCCUGGAGACGGACGGAAUCAUCAGCAUUCCGGUGUUGGCACCACAGGAGAGCGAAAAUGUCACAGAAAUCUACAUAGAGAGUCAAGCCAACCUGGAGAAUAUCACCGACAUAGACCUAGCCAACUACAGAGAACUGAAGAACUUGACAGUAACAGAAUGUGGGUUGAUGUACAUCUCUGAAAAUGUCUUCCAACACAAUUUCAAGCUGCAGUAUGUAAACCUGGCUUCUAAUUUGCUGAUGCACAUCAGUUGGAGAGUGUUCCAAUCUGUUCCUUUAUUGAGUCUAAUUUUGAGGGAUAAUCCGCUCACCUGCUCAUGUGAUAUUUACUGGCUUCAGCAAUGGAACAGAAAAAGACAAGGCGAUUUCGACUCUCAACAGAACUGCAUUUACAAUGAAAACAGCAUUCAGCUUGAUUCAUUUGAAAUGGACAACUGCAGCGUUCCUGAGGUCACAAUCCACUCAUCCACACUGACCACUCAGGAAGGUGGAAAAAUGACAUUUACAUGCCAGGUGACUGGAGUACCCACACCUAGUGUCAGCUGGAGAACAGAACAGUUACAGUCCAACUGGACUAUUCAGCGAGGAAUCUGGGGUUCAACCCUGGAGUUGGUGCUCCAUAUGUGGAAUGUGUCUUCUGCAGACAAUCUGCACAACCUCACCUGUAAGGCGGCAAAUCGAGCUGGUCUGGGAGAGGCCAUUGUGCAACUGGACAUUGAAUUUCCAGUGCGGAUCUUGUUUCUAAGAGAUCCAGAACAACAACAUCACUGGUGUUUCCCGUUUGCUGUGGACAGCAAUCCCCCCGCCACUAUCAAAUGGCUGUACAACAAAACCGCACUCAUCGAGACCCGCUACACCUACACAGAACUGAUCCGAGAUGCAACCGACGGUUCUGUUCAGCAUGGCUGCCUCUUCCUAAACAAACCCACCCACCUGAAUAACGGCUACUACACCCUCAUCGUAGAAAAUAAGCUGGGGAGGGAUAAGGCCACUGUAAAUGCAAAGUUCAUGGACAAUCCCUUUGACCCCUUUGAUCCAGAAGGCAUCAUUCCGGUCCUCAGUGAUGACCCACCAGCUCCCACAAACCACUCAACAGACGAUGUUACUGAAAAAUUGGAGAGCAGAGUAUUUGGGGUGUCAGUAGCUGUGGGUCUUGCUGUGUUUGCGUGCACAUUUCUGCUCAUCGUGGUUGUUGUCAUUAACAAAUGGGGGCAGCACACCAAAUUUGGUAUUCAUCGUUCUUCUGUUCUUGGGACUGAGGAUGAUCUGGCCAUGUCUCUCCGCUUUAUGAACUUCGGGGCGAGUCCUCCUCAUUCAGAUGAUAGCAUGCUUGAUUCCGGCUUGUCCAGUUUUGUGGAGAAUCCCCAAUACUUCUGUGGCAUCAUCAAAGAUAAAGACAUGUGUGUCCAGCACAUUAAAAGAAAAGACAUUGUUUUGAAGUGGGAACUGGGUGAGGGGGCGUUUGGCAAAGUCUACCUUGCUGAAUGCACCAACCUUUGUCCUGAUAUUAACAAUAUGCUGGUCGCUAUCAAGACCUUGAAAGUCGCCAACGAGUCCACCCGCCAGGACUUCCAGCGUGAGGCCGAGCUACUCACAGUGCUACAACACGAGCACAUUGUACGUUUCUAUGGUGUGUGUACAGACGGAGAGCCUCUGGCUAUGGUGUUUGAAUACAUGCGACAUGGAGACCUCAACCGCUUUCUAAGGGCUCAUGGUCCAGAUGCCUGUAUCUUGGAUGAAGUGAAAGUUCCUCCAGUAGGUCAGCUGACUCUUCCUCAGAUGCUCCAAAUCGCAGCUCAGAUAGCCUCUGGCAUGGUGUAUCUCGCUUCUCUGCACUUUGUGCACAGAGACCUGGCUACCAGGAACUGUUUAGUUGGAGUAGGACUGGUGGUGAAGAUUGGAGACUUUGGCAUGUCAAGAGACAUUUACAGCACUGACUACUACAGGGUUGGUGGAAGGACUAUGCUACCAAUUCGCUGGAUGCCACCAGAAAGUAUCAUGUACAGGAAGUUCACCACAGAGAGUGACAUCUGGAGCUUUGGAGUAGUCCUCUGGGAGAUCUUCACCUAUGGAAAACAACCAUGGUAUCAGCUAUCCAACAGUGAGGCAAUCGAAUGCAUCACACAGGGGCGAGAGCUCGAAUGGCCGCGUACCUGCCCGAAAGAAGUGCACAUGCUCAUGCAGGGCUGCUGGCAGAGAGAACCGCAGCAGAGGCUUGUCAUCAAGGACAUCUACAACAGGCUCGUAGCUCUUGUAAAGAACCCGCCCAUCUAUCUGGACAUUCUAGAGUAGAGACUUGCAGGAACGAGCAAGGAAAGACUCGCUUCUGCCAGCAGGUUUGGGCUA